CCCUUUUCAAGUUCAAGCAAUUAUCGACCCAAGCACACAACAUUCUAGCAAAGAGAGACACCAUCCAAUCAUCCCUUCACUGUAUUUCGCCUAAUUAGGGCUCUUUAAUUUUGGUCACAUAUAAUUAUAAUUAAACAACAAAUCAUCAUGGAUGAAUAUGAGCAGAAGAUGAAGCUCCAAGCUGUUGGCAAAUUAUACCACAGAGACCACUUCCUUAAAAGAACUUUGCAGCUUCUUGUAUCAUUUGCUUUGUUGUCGUUCGUCAUUUGCCACUCUUCGGGCUUCUUUGUGUUUCCCCAUUCCUUCAAUGUUUACUUCUCCACGUUCCUUUUCUCGUUCUUCACCCACGCCCUUGAGAGGAAGUACAUGUUCCUCAUUUGCAAUGGAAUCCUCGCAUUUCUAGCCAAAAGCUCGGUGUCUAGCAGCUCUUCACCAUCAGAGUCUGAUCUUGGUGCCCAGAUACCGACAUCAUCAACAAACUUAACCCAAACUAACGAGGCGGUUCCAAGAUAUUCAGAUGAUGGUGAUAAUGAUGUACCUCUAGUAGCUGAAAGAGAAGAAGCAGAAGAUGCUUACGAAAAUGAGGUUGAGGAGCAAGGAGAGCAGGGCAAUAUUGAGCCUUUAGGUAGAGGAGAAGGGGAAGAAGACGAUAAAGAAAGAGAAAGUGAGGUUUCUGUGAUUCUGGAAGAUGAGGAAUACAAAGAAGGAGAAAGUGGGCUGGUGAUGCAAGAAGAUCAGCACAAAGAAGAAGGUGCAGGAGCACCACUAGCAGCAGAUGAAGAGGUACCAAGCACAGAAGAGUUAAACCAGAAAUUUGAAGAAUUCAUAAGGAAAAUGAAAGAAGAAAUCUGGAUUGAAGCUCAACAACAACUGGUUACAGUGUAAUGCAUAUAUUCGAAGAAAAAUAAAUUUAUCUGCUAGCUAAGUCUGUGAUUUGGUCUCUUUUAAGCUGGCCAAAAGCUCCCAUCUGCCUUUCAUGUUAUGUGCAGUAAUUACUUAAUAACUAGAUCAUUUUCAUCAGU